AUGGCUCUUUGCGCCGUAAGCUCUGCGUGUAAGUUUGAUACGCGCCCCGCUGGAAGGCCCAGCGGCGUGUACUGUGCACCCAGGACUUGUCUGUACUCUUCAAUUAUGUGCGGUGCGGAUCCCUGGAUGACAUCCCGCCGACCCCUCCAUCUUGGAGGGGUCACGCGGCAGCGCCUCCGUCUGAACGACUUUCGAGAAUUGGCCAAUCGCCGCGCGCCGCCAUCGUCAAUUGAGUGCUCAGCUGCCUCGCGAGCGCUCCCGAGAGGAGGCCUCUUCCCAUUCCCCGGGGCAGAGGGCAAUGGACGUUUCCGCUUGCGCCUGCAGCUGCGCUGUGGCGGGCUGCUUGCUGGGCCGCGCCGAGGAUGGGGGCCGGCACACUUCGCAGACGGGGAGGAGCCUGGUGUUGGGUCGACCGUUGUCCGGUGCAUCAGAAGUUCAGAACCCGCGACUGCAGUAGCCUUCAAGUCAAUUCCAACUUGGCCCGCCGACAAUGGAUCCCAAGUGGACAGGACUACGAGCGUAAUAGCGAAUAGGCUUGCCCAGUCCCCGAGAGAGAGCCGCCGCGGCGCAUGUCAAGAAACGGGGUUGCUCCGUCAUCAUCGUCUACUGUCCGCAGGUGUCCCUCCGCCCCUCCGCCAUGGGACACGUUGUGGCCCCCCUCGGUCGUGUUGGGCAUCGACAAAGGGGCCAGAGAAGGAAGAAUGCAAGGAAGUUGAGGCCGUUGCCCCUCCCUUCGGCCCUCACACCCACGGCGUUCGUGUCGCGUCCAUGGGCCACGGCCGAGCGCGUUGGCGAUGGAGGAGCAGCAACUCGGGGCCGCCUUGCUCGGAGCAAUGA